AUGCUGGAAGUCCAUUGCACUGGGAGUCCUUUCGAAAUCGGCCUUGAACAUGGGGCAAAGGCCACUGCUCAGAUCAGAAGCACGAUUGCGUUCUAUGCCGACCUGUUUCGCAAGAAAUGCAGCCUGAGUUGGCAGGCAGCAUGCCUCGAGGCGAAGAAGUUCGCUCCUCAUAUUCAUCGACAUUAUCCUCAUCUCGAGACGGAGAUGCGAGGUAUCGCAGAAGGGGCUGGAGUGACCUACGAGGAAAUUUUGGCUCUGAAUGUCCGGUCAGAAUUGUUCUUCGGGGCAGCUGUCGAUGGCUGUACCAGCCUAUCCUGGAAGACUGACAAGGCGUCUUUCGUGGCACAGAAUUGGGACUGGAUGGUCGAGCAAAAGGAGAACCUCGUCUGUCUCCAGAUCGAACAGACUGGGAAGCCCGUGAUUCAGAUGCUGACCGAGGCCGGCAUGAUUGGCAAGAUAGGGCUCAACUCGGCAGGCCUGGGACUCUGCGUCAAUGCCAUUCGCUGUGCUGGUAGCGAUCCCUACCGUACACCCAUUCACAUCAUGUGGCGGAUUGUACUCGAGUGCACUUCAAUAGCAUCUGCAGUCAGAGCCAUCCAGGCUCAUGGCUGCGCAGGUGCCUGCCAUAUGCUCAUAGCGGAUCCAUCUGGUAGCAUAGGUGUGGAAGUCACCCACAGGACAAUCUCCUCCCUCGAGCCAGAUGCGAAAGGAAGGAUCUUUCACAGCAACCACAUGCUACGAAAGCAUCCCGGCACAGAGAUGUUGUGGGUAGAUGACAGUCUAACCCGUGUCGGAAGGAUUCGGCAACUAGCAGACCAACAGCAAAGAGAGAUCACCAAAGAGUCAAUACAAGCUUUGCUGUGUGACGAAGAGAAUUAUCCAUGCUCGAUCAACAGAGCUCAGGAAGGAGAGAGUGAUGCUGCCAGUGUGUUCAGCAUUAGCAUGAACUUGACAACAGCAGAAGCUCGAGUGUUGGUGGGGAGGCCAAGUAGUCCAGAGAAGGUGUUCACGCUCCGACCACGAGCAAUAAAUAAAUUAUAG